CAGCCCAGCGAGCUUCCAAGAACAGAAACCCUAGCCGUUUACUCCUUGUCCAUCUCCUAAGCACGACCACACACCAGUAUCGCGUUCACAGUGACACAAAGCUAGCUAGUUGAUCCAUCAGUCCGUCGAGUGAUUGACGAGAUGGCUCAGGCAAGCAAGCGCAGUAGUGCGAUGCAGCCGCAGCUCCGGCCGGUGAUGUACGACGAGGAGCCUUCCUCCAUGUCCCUCGAGCUCUUCGGCUACCACGGCGGCGUCGUCGUGGACGGCGACGAGGGCGAGGGCUCCGCAGCCGCGGCGCUCUCGCUGCAGCUCGCCUUCGACGACGACAGCUUCAAGCACGGCGCCUCGGCCGGCGGCGACUACUACGGCAGCUGGGCCGGGUACGGCGGCUCGGGCGCCAGCUCCAGCUCCAGCUCGUCGGUGCUCAGCUUCGAGCAGGCCGGCAGCGGAGGGCACCACCACCACCACCUGGGCUACGGCGACGACGGGUGCGCGCUGUGGAUGGACGCCGCCGCCGCAGGCAUGGUCGAGCAUCCGCCGCCGCAGAACGGAUCCGCCUGCAGGUUCGGGCUCGUGAGCCCAGGCAGCUCGGCUGAUGAUGAUGCCGGUGGUCUGCGCAUCCAGGACCUGAGCUCCGUCCAGCCGCCGGCCAAGGCCACGAACAAGCGCGCACGACCGGAUGGUGAGGUGCACGCUGCCGCGGCGAAGAAGCAGUGCGGCGGCGGCGGCGGCAGGAAGAGCAAGGCCAAGGCUGCUCCUGCUCCUACCAAGGACCCUCAAAGCGUGGCUGCAAAGGUUCGAAGAGAGAGGAUCGCCGAGAAGCUCAAAGUCCUGCAAGAUCUCGUGCCCAAUGGCACCAAGGUGGAUUUGGUCACCAUGCUUGAGAAGGCAAUCACCUAUGUCAAGUUCCUCCAGCUGCAAGUGAAGGUGUUGGCUGCCGAUGAGUUCUGGCCUGCACAAGGAGGGAAGGCACCAGAGCUCUCUCAAGUGAAGGACGCCUUGGACGCCAUCCUGUCGUCCCAGCAGUACCCUCACAAAUGAGGCCGUGCUCUCGUUUUAGUUUCUUCUUCUAGAAGGCUAAGGUGGUGAAGAUGUUAGAUCUACGCAUGUAUCGCGCGCUGGUGAAGAACAAGGCAAAGUAGUAGAGAUGGCGUUGAGAUAUCUGGAGUCUAGCGUUGGAGUUCAGUCAUACAUGGAUCUUGUUUCUUUACACCCUUUUUACAAGAUCAUUUCUUCCUGUCUCAUUAAUGCUUACCAAGGAAUUCAUUUGAUAGUAUCACAGCUAUUUUUGGAUUCCAACACUUAACUAGCAAGGAUGUACGCAAUUAUCAGCUCUUUGCUUGGUCAAAUAAAUUGUUAGGACCUGAAAGUACAAUCUGAUUACCACAAUCGAAGUAAUGAACCAUAGAGGACGAUGA